GUGUACAAUAAAACCUGCAUGUUUAGUGCUAAGCCUAUACAUAAGGGGGCAUUAUUCCAAGUUGAAGCAAUGUACAACCACACUUCAUAUUCAACAGAAGCCAGAUUCAUUCCUCAAGGCAUGAAUGGAACAUCUGUUGAAAAUUUCUCCUGUGUGAUUUACAACAUUUCCUUCAUGAAUUGCGCUUGGAAGGCCGGCAGGAAUGCUCCAGAAGAUACCCGAUAUUUUCUUUUCUUUCAAUACUCAAAGGAAGAAGAUGAACAAGAAUGUCCAGAUUACAUAAGAGAUGCACUUGGAAGACCUAUCGCAUGCAGUUUUCAAAAUGUGACAAACAUUAAAAAGAAAGUUUACUUCCUGGUGAAUGGGUCGAGCAACGAAUCGGAGAUUCAGUUUUAUGAUGAGUACAUCACACUAUAUGAAAUAGAAAAACUCACUCCUCCAUUAAAUAUCACAGUAAACUGUUCUGAAGACCGAGCAGAGUGUAUAGUGCGAUGGAAACGGCCCCAGCUAAGCCAUGUGAAAUCAGAUGCAGAUCAGUGCUUUGAGUAUCAAAUUGACAUUCGAAAUAAGAAAACUAAU